AUGAUAAUUAUUUCAGUAUUUACGGAGCUUCUCGACUUUAGACGUGAGCCUCCAGCUUUGUGUAGUGCAGGUCCUAUCGGCGAGGAUCUCUUUACUUGGCAAGCUGCAAUUACGGGACCGCCAAAUUCUCCAUAUCAAGGAGGAGUGUUUUACUUGUAUAUUCAAUUCCCGACAGAAUAUCCGUUUAAACCGCCACAAGUCUCGUUCAAGACAAAAAUUUUCCAUCCAAAUAUAAGUGAGGAUGGAUAUAUUUGUUUGGACAUUCUCCAAUCUAAAUGGUCGCCAGCUUUAACUAUUUCUAAAGGUAAUUUUGAAAGGAUCCGCUCCAAUUUAGUUUGA